CUCUCCCUGUAAUAUACUCCUAAAACCAUGCCUCUUUCUCAAACAACACAACACUAGUCCCCCACUUCCAUUUAUUUUUCAUUUUACUCACAAUUGGAAACACAGAAACAGAACAGAGAAUGAUAUCAGGUCUGUUCCACAAUCAGACAAGAGCUGCAACCUGAACAAGUGUUUCAGUUGAGGACAACAACAACAACAACAUCAACAACCUCUCUUAUUUACUUCCCUUUACCUCCAAGCAACACAACCCCACUAUUUCAAUCAUACACACUCUCACCACUCACCCAUCAAAAUCCUAUCUGGUUUUCAUCCUCCCAUCUCAAAUGGAGAAGAUGGUAGUGGCUCCCUACAAGCUUGAAGCACGUGGCAUAGUAUAGAAACUUGAAACUCUGAAUAAGGCCUUAACUUUGCUUACUUUCUUUCGUUUUUUUUCUCUCUCUCUCUCUCUCUGCAACUUCAUGGCCUACAGGAAACUCAUCGCCGGCAACUUGGGUCCGAAGAGGAAGAAGAGUGGUGGGUUGAGGACUAAACAAGCUGGAAGAGGAUCAUGCCGUGGGAGUUAGAAGCUAGGACAUGGUUGCUGGAAUCCAAUCUUGCUGGAAAAUGCAUGGCUCUGCUUUGACUCUUUGACCCUUUUAGCCUCUUGUCUUUUUCUUCUUCUUCUGCUUGUGCAUGGUGUUGAGGUCUUUGACAAAAGAUCUAAAGAAAAAAUGGGGUUUUUGUUGAAAGAAGCUUUGAAGUCUCUGUGUGAUCGGAACCAGUGGUCUUAUGCUGUUUUCUGGAAGAUCGGUUGUCAAAAUUCCAAGCUGUUAAUUUGGGAAGAUUGCUAUUAUGAACCCUUGCCAUGUCCAUUCCCUCCACGUAAUUUUGGGACGUCAUCUCAGCUAGGGAUUCAAGAGGAGGACAGAGUCGGUUCUUUGAUUAACAAAAUGGCAGUAAAUAAUUCAGUCGUUGUUGCAGGUGAAGGUAUGAUUGGACGGGCUGCAUUUUCAGGCAGCCAUCAGUGGAUUCUUUUGUACAAUUUCACUACAGAUGCAUAUCCACCUGAGGUAAAUGCUGAAGUGUUUCACCAAAUUUCAGCUGGAAUGCAGACAGUAGCAGUUAUUCCUGUGCUGCCUCACGGCGUUGUUCAACUUGGUUCAUUCUUGCCAAUAAUGGAGAAUUUGGGAUUUUUGAAUGGUGUGAAAAGCUUGAUCUUGCAAUUGGGAUGUGUUCCCGGUGCCCUUCUAUCAGAAGAUUAUUCAGCAAAACGUUCAAAUGAAAGACUUACCGGACCUUCUGCUUCUGGUGUGGCUCUGUCCGUUGAUCCACCAGUAAUUACCUCGAGCUGCACUCCCUCAGUAGCUAUAGGAUCCAAUCAGCGAAGUAGCUCAUCUCAUGCUUCAGGACCUAUUGUUCGAACACUUGGUCCUCUGAGGGGAGAAAUAAAUACUUGCCAGGCUGCUGAGUUGACAUCCCAAAAGCAUAACCCGAACCAGAUAUCUAACAACCUUUGCCAACCAAAGUUAAUUCCAGUGAGUAAAGCAAGCUUUGCUGGCCAAUGGAAAGAUCGAGCUGUGGAAGUUGAAGUGAUACCCUCAAAUCUUGGUUCAUCCCUGCAACAGCAUUCUGUAUCAAAUAAUGCAAGAUCUGCGUUCAAUAAUUUUCCUAGUUGUGGAGCGUUUAGCCAAUCAGGUCUUAGUGACCACAGUCUAAAACAUAUGGAACAGCAAAUCAUGGAAGCCAUUCGGAGUCGAGACAAUGUUAAUAAUCCCAGUAUUGAUGCCUCAAGUACCUUAAACAUGUCUCAACAAACAGAUGGAGACCAUGUACUAGGGCACAAUUUGAGUUCUGGGAGUACUCCAUUACUUAGAGGAAUCCCAGUACGUGAUGGGAUGAGUAGUCUUUUGAUAAAAAAUCUGAUUACGAGUUCAAAAUCUCCAAAAGUAUCCACAGCUGAUUUAUCUGGACCACAAGAAAUUGGGAGUGGACUUCAACAUGCCUUUUCCAUGCCUCUAGAAGGUUCUGAUCAGAAGAUUUCCCCUGGAAAUUUGAAAUAUGCUUCAACAGAUCUAAAGAUAGACUAUGAUUUGCUUCAGGAACCUGAUAUCCUCCCUUUUCAUGUUGAGGAGCAUGUUCGUAUUAGUGGUCAAAUCCCUGGUCUUGCUCACGAUUUCCUUCAUAAAGAUAGUACCGCUCAAUCUACGGUGACGAUGAAUCGUAAACACGAACAAGCUAUUGUUCAACCUCCAUCAGGGGAUGACCUGUUUGAUGUUUUCGGUGUAGAUUUUAGAAACAAACUUCUGAAUGGAGACUGGAAUGAACUGCUUGCUUAUGAAUCGAAUUGUACUGCAGAAAAUAUGGUUAACAAGGAAGCAUACAUGAAUAUGCAGGGUAGAAAUUCUGAUUGCUAUUCAGUCCAUGUACCAGUAUCAGAAAGUGGCAUUUUUUCUGGGAUUGGAACAGAUCACCUCUUGGAUGCUGUCGUCUCAAAGGCCAAACCUAUUACAAGACAGAAUUCGGAUGACAUGUCUUGCUGGACAACAGUGACAGGGAGCAGCACCUCCUCUGUUCCCUCCCCAGUUUUCAAGAAGGUUGGGCCUGGUCAUUUGCAAGGGGGAUUGUUUAAUUUUUCUAAGAAUGGUGGUAAAACCGGUACUGUAGAAACUAGUUCUCUAAGGUCUAGAUGUAGCAAGGAUGAUGCUGGGAAAAGUUCUCCAUCUUCUGCUAUUUAUGGGUCACAACUUAGUUCAUGGAUUGAGAAUGUUGGCGGCGAUGUGAAGUGUGAAAAUAGUGUUUCAACUGGAUACUCGAAGCAGUCGCGCGAAGCUGGUAAAUCAAAUCGUAAAAGGCUUAAACUAGGAGAGAAUCCCAGGCCUCGACCAAAAGAUCGCCAAAUGAUUCAAGAUCGUGUGAAAGAGCUACGAGAACUUGUGCCAAAUGGAGAAAAAUGUAGCAUAGAUGCACUACUGGAAAGGACCAUAAAGCAUAUGCGUUUCAUGCAAAGUGUGACAAAGCAUGCUGACAAGCUGAAACAGACAGGGGAGUCUAAGAUUAUUAGUAAGGAAGGUGGGCUCCUUUUGGAAGACAUAUUUGAGGGGGCUACACGGGCGUACGAGCUCGGAUCCCAGUCAAUGUUUUGCCCUCUCAUAGUUGAAGAUCUGGAUCCUCCUCGUCGAAUGUUAGUGGAGAUGCUUUGCGAGGAACGAGGUUUUUUUCUGGAAAUAGCUGACUUCAUCAGAGGAUUAGGUCUAACAAUCUUAAAGGGGGUAAUGGAAGCUCACGGUGACAAAAUCUGGGCUCGCUUUGCUGUUGAGGCAAACCGGGACAUAACGAGGAUGGAAAUAUUUAUGCCACUUGUUCAUCUUUUGGAUCAACAGUGAGGGGAAAUGCGUCCUCAUCCAAUGCAGUUGAUAACAUGAUGGUUUAUCACUCUUUCCCUCAGGCUACCCAGAUACCAGCAACUGGAAUGCCUAGUAGUUUGCAAUGAACCACUUGGGACAUGGUUUCUUUGUAAUGGAUGUGUUGAGAGCAAGCCUGGUAUAUGCUGCUUGCCAUGACCCACAUCAAAUCCAAUCUGAGAAUUCAGGCGGUCUUAACAUUGUCUAACUCAUCUGAUUCACAUCUGAACCCGUCUUGAAGGGGAAUGUGUAGGUAGUGAAGAACAUCUCUAAGAUUAAUGUGUGUUUGGAUACCAAUUGAGUGCACAAAACGGAUAAGCUUUCAUUUCAAUUUAUAACAAGAGUUAUGUUCACUUUUCGUCUCAA